AUGGAAAGCAGGUUCUUGGCCUUGUCUAGGUGGGUUUUGAUAGUAGCACUUCUUGUUGGGUUAUCCGGAGAAACUUGUAACGCGAAAGACGACAGUGCUAACUGUACCUCUUCCUGCGGCAAUAUCCACAACAUAAGCUAUCCUUUCCGACUAAAAGAUGAUCCAAAGCACUGCGGCAAUGUAAUGUAUACUCUGUCCUGUGAGAACAACAUUACACUAGUAGACCUACCUCCUUCAGGAAAAUACUAUGUCCAGGCAAUCAACUACCACAACCAAACAAUCCAACUCGUAGAUCCUGGCCUCCAGAAAAACAAUUGCUCCUCCAUGCCUCAAAAUUUUCCACAUUUUUUAGAAGGUCCAUAUAGUGUAUAUUAUUAUUAUCUGCUUUCGACACCUGUAUUUUACAUCAAGUGUUCGAAUCCAGUGAAUUCUUCUCUGUACGUGGACACUGCUCCAUGCUUGAAUAUAAAUGCUUCUUCUUUGGUCCAACAAAAGACGUACAGUUAUGUGAAGGUUGGGGAUAUGGAAGUGGGGGAUUUGAAUGAGGGUUGCAGUGCAGAGUGGGUGGCUUUGGCGCUCUUGAACUACUCUAAGGGCUACAAUACCUCUUAUGAAUUCAUACACAGUGCCCUCACGUAUGGCUUUGAGCUUCGAGUAGAUUGGCCUUAUGAUGAAGAAAUAUGCAAACACAAAUGGAGGAAAUAUCAUACAUGUUAUCCACACACCAUCCCAG